AAGAAAACGUCAAAAUGGUGGUGUCGCCUGUAUUGGUCGAUGUCGUUAAACAAACUGAAAAUAGAAAAAAAUAUGAAAGAGAGCUGUUUCUUACCAAAUAAAUAGUUAAAAAGUGAAAGAAACUAAAACAGUUUUCGUUUGGGUGCCUUUUGGUGUAAUUUACUGUGGUUUGUGAGUACAUUGUUGUACUUUUGUACAAUGGCCAAUUUGGAAGAUGAAAUUCGGGAUCUCCGGGAGAAAAACAGUGAGUUGGCCCAGGAGGUGCAGUUCUGGAAAGUAACCGCGGGACAAAAGGAGAAAGAGAAACUCGACCUCAUGAAAGAAGUUAACGACUUAAGACUGAAAUUAAGUAGACUACGCAGCGGCAGCGCGGCGCAGGCCCGCAAGCUAGACGCGGCGCUCCAAUCCACAACCGAAGAGGCUUUAUCCCACCUUGUGCAGGCUUCAGGGGCUGUAGCACGGACCAUAGAGCUGGCGAAGCAGUAUAUGCAAGAUAGGCAGGAGCUAGAAGUGUCUUCUCCCCGAUGGAGUAAUCUUGGAGGCACACCAAAUAAUGAUAAGGUACACAGAGUGCCUCCGCUGUUGCUGGGUGGCCAGUCCAUACAGCCGGUUGUAACUCUGAGCAGGACUCUAGUUCACAGAUCAGUAACCAGAAGUCCGAACCAGAGUUCUGGCGUUACACACAGAGCUCUGCCCAUGCACAUGUUACAGGAUGUGUACAUUCCGCUAACGAGGAUAGACGCGGCUGACUUGCCAGCCGGCAACUUGAAUGCGGAGGAAGAGAGGGACACCAGUACUGACAACCUGGAGCUUGAAGUUAGUAAUGAACAAAUGGCUGAGGACUCUCAAAACUUGGCGUCAAUCGACGAUCUGGAGGAAUCACGCGGGUUAGAAGCUGUUGCGGAGGAGGACGUUGAACCUGAAGAUGAACCACAAACACCACCAAGAAUAACCAGCCGUAACGAGAAUCCGUUGGAAGGACCAAGUUGGUUAUUAGAUGUGUCGGAACCACAACCCGUGGCGCGUGGUCGCGGCGCCCUGGAGCCCGACUCCACGACGCCAGGCGAGCCCCCAGCCUCUGCCCGCAACAGCAACGACCCUGAGAAUGAGAACGCCCCGCUGUCGUCCCUGGCAUUCACCCCGACGGUGCGGCGUCGCAAGCGCACCUGCUCGCCACGAGCGUCGCACGAGACCAGGCUGGACCGGCGACAUAGCAAUGCUGGACGAGUCCUAAAAGUGAUGGUAGCGAAAAUGCAGCUAUCGGACGAGGACAUCGGCGCCUCUGGAGACUCCUCCCCGCCGAAGCGCCAGGCCCUCGUGCCAUCCCCGCGGCGCAGCACCCUGGACAUGUCUCGCGAGCCUUCGCCCCUCAACAAGGAGCCCGACCGGCCGCCGCGGUUUGACGCCCCCAGUCCCAACGGCGCUACAGAUGCCUGUGUUAUUGUUUCGGAAGCCCAAGACCAAUCCCAGGUUUUGGAGACCAGCCGCGCCAGUCGCGCCAGCACGUCGCGCCACACGGCACGACUGGACGCGACCAGUCGCAGCCACAGCCGCGAGCGCAGCGACAGCGACAGCAGCGCCGGCGACGCGGACACGCGCACGCGGCGGGCCAGGAACCCCGUCAGCUACAAGGAGAAGCCUCUUAACAGAAAACUACGAAGGUGAUCGUCGCUAAUGUCUAUGUUAAAAUGUUUUACUUAUGUAAAGCGUAACACAGUUAGAAAGCAGGACAGAGAUAUAGUAUAUCGCCUAGUGCGAAAGAGACGAGAGAUAUGUCAUUCUAAACACGUUACGUUUUUAGGCCUUGUAUAGUUACUACUACUCUGGGCGCCAUCCCACUCGCGUUAGAUAGAGUAUUGCGGGGCGGAAGGCAAGAGGGAAACCACUGCCCUAUUUCCCUAAAAAGCAUGGAGAAUGCUACACCGACAAGAGCGAGGCUCUCAAAUUAGUGAUGAUAGUUAUUGCCCUCCAACCCACAGUGGAGCAGCCUGGUGGAGUAUGCUCCAUACCCCCUCUUGAGAGUGGGGGGACGUGUGUCCAGCAGUCUUCUUCUUCUAUCGUGUGGGUUGUGAGGUGGAGUACCAACCUCAUCAACCCUGGUGUCAGGGUUACUAUUAAGCCGCCAAAGGCCCCUGACAUGGCUCAGCAGUGGUCAACAGUGGGACCUAUGUAGGCUGUUUAUGUUAUGUAUUUUAUAGUUAUUGCACUUUGCAAGUUUUGAAGACUUAUUUUAUUGAUGAUUCUCUUACUAUAGACAUAGGCCGACAGUUUAGCUCAUGCUCACGCCCGUAUCCCUAAUGGGGUGGCCAGAGUCACAAUAAGCAGAAAACAACUUGAAGCUUUUACUAAGUCCUUAGGAAUGUGAUGAACGAUAUGGUAUGGUUGCCCAGCUAUGUUGAUUAUUUAGAAGUGCCGUGGUGCCCCAGUUGGAAGAACGUUUGAUUCUCACUGUGAGAUCGUAGGUUCAAAUCUCAGCACGGAAUGACUUUCGAUUAUUUUUCGAAUUCAUUUUUGAGUCUUAUAUGAUCAUCACGUGCUAAGCGGCGAAGGAAAACAUUAUGAGGAAUCCACAUUCCCGAGAAAUACGUUUCGGAGGUAUAUGACCUAACCUGUAUUGGGUUGGAUUUCCCUUCGCGGGUUGGAAGGGCAGCCAGGCAAACCGGACCUGUCAAAUCUUCAGGUUAGAUAAGCGGACCUUGUGAAAAAAAAACGGGAUAACAAUAGAAUAGAAAUUGUAACGCUAGGGAGAUCGUAUUGAUAAUUUAAAAUAGGUAGUUAACUGACAGCCAUAUCUAUAACGUUGUUCUAACAGGAAGGUCGGUGAAGCGUCCGUACUUAGUUCAUCAUGCGAUGGAUGUGCCUCUGACUACCCCAAUUGGGAUAUAGUCGUGAGCUUACGUUGUAUUUUUUUUAUUUAAAAUAGUUACUGAACCUGAUGCCUUAAUUAGAUAAAGUAGCGUCUCUAGGUUGCCUACCGCAGGUAAUGGGACCUUGUCUGUCUGAUAUAAUGUCAUGUUGUUGGAUAGACAGUGGCGCUGAUUCCAGUACGGUCACGAGCAUUAAUAUGUAGUAUACACUUUGGUACCAUGUCACAUUAACUUUUUUAACAAAUUUAACUGUAAGUCUCACUAAAUGUCAAAUAUGUUAGUGCGAUAGAGUCCUAAAGUGGGUACAUUAUAUUGCUCAUGACUGUACACACCAUCAAAUUUUAUUCUAAGUUAUACCUGUCAGUUUCUUAUCCGCCGAAAAGGAAAGGGACGGGUAACGGUGGGUAUAAAUUUUAUGGAACACACGUCAAAUUUAAAACCUCCCUAAAUUGUAUAUUGGCCAAUAGACAUAAUUAAGUUGACAGCACACGUCAAAAGGGUUGCCUAUUUAUUCAUAUAAAAAUUAACAGUGGUCAAUCAUCCGUCGUUGAGGAGCUCGGUGGCGCAACGGUAAACGCGCUUAGUCUGCGAUUGUUGAAGUAAAACAACUUUCGCAGAGGCCAGUCAUAGGAUGGGUGACCACAAAAAAAAAGUUCAUCUCGAGCUCCUCCGUGCUUCGGAAGGCACGUUAAGCCGUUGGUCCCGGCUGCAUUAGCAGUCGUUAAUAACCACCAAUCCGCACUGGGCCCGCGUGGUGGUUUAAGGCCCGAAGGCCCGUGCCCCAGCAGUGGGGACGUUAAUGGGCUGAUGAUGAUGAUGAUGAAUCAUCCAUCCCUUUCCUUUUCGGCGGAUAAGAAAAUGACGUAUAACUUAAAAUAAAAUUAAGAGGUGUCUGCAGGAAUGUAAUGUAGGAUUUAUUUAUAGGAAUUGGAAGAUUCCCUCUUACAAGACUAACGCUAUUGCUUCAUUUACCUGAUUGAUAAUGUUAAGAACAAAAAUAAUGUCAAUGUAUGUAAACGAACUAUUUGCUCAUACUUGUAUGGCGCGCGUUUCGCACUCACUUGGCCUUUCAACCUCUUUCUUCUAUUCCGUGACUGAAUUACCAUUUACUAGGUGAGUGUAGGCCACAUCUUCACUUAACAUCAGGAGAGAUUGUGGUCAAACGCAAGCAAAAAAGUAAAUAAAUAUAAAAAAGAAACCCAAGUGCUGUGACGUACACGCAUCAGCUUAUGCUGCUAGUGUACUUAAUAAAUAAUAAUAAAUAUUUCGAUUAGUGAUGUUCCGAAUAUCCGUAUCCGUAUCCGCGGAUAUCCGAGAUAAAAGAAAAAUCCGUAUCCAUAUCCGUGUCCGUUACUUUUCACGUGGAUCUUUUUCAGGUGAUUAAGUAGAAUUAUUAAAUAAAAAACUAUAAAAUUCCAUUCAGAUUGUUUUUAUUUCUUAAAAUCAAAUAUUUGGCACCUUAAUAUUGCAAACAUUUAGAUAGAUAGAUCUUUAUAAUGAAAGCAAGAUAAAAUAUGACUUUUAUAACAAUGAAAUAACUAAAACUUUAAUCUUUUUCUUUUAAGAAAAUAAAGAUCCGUAUCCGCGGAUCUUUACACUAAAUAUCCGUAUUCAGAUCCGUAUCCGCGGAUAUACAUUUUUAACGAUCCGGCACAUCACUAAUUUCGAUAUAAAGCGACCUCCUUAUGAACUUUUAACCUCUCGCGUUGCUUUGUCAAAGCUUUUUUUUAUUGAAAUUUGUAUGGAAUUUGUGUGGGUGUUUCGAAAAGGUUGAACUACCUUUUAAGUAGUCAGUGUUGUGGCGUUCCCGGGUAUGCUGAAAGCGUUCAAGCGUUUUGGGAACGUACCCAGCAGUAAAAUGGCGCGAAACAUAUGUAAAAAGAGCUUUAUUACCUAACCUUUAGGCAGAUACGAUUAAGAAAGGUGAUGACGAUGAAUGAUGAAAUCUAAGCCCCCACCCUCGGAGAAGACUCCUACUCCGAACCCCAAACGAAUUAACUCAAAAAGUUAAACUUUCGAGUUAUGAAGCGGCUUGUUGGCAUGAAGCGAAAAUGGAUAGGUACACGUUUAUUGAAUAUCCUGAUAAAAUAACACUAUCGCGAAUGUUUUCCGACUAACUUAAUGCGAUCAUUAACCACAAAACACCACUUUGUUUUAAUUAUUUAGAUUAUUCAACGAAUAAAGCAACCGUCCCGUUUUCGUUCCCGCCAAAACCUAUCUAUUUUCGCUUCGUGCCAAUAAGCCGCUUCAUAACUCGAAAAUUUAUGCGGACUUUUGAGUUACUUCGUUUGGGGUUCGGAGUAGAAGUCUGCUCCGAGGGUGGGGGCUUGGGUUUCAUCAUUCAUCGUCAUCACCUUUCAUCAUUUCAUUAAUCAUCUAUUAGAAAAAAAAUACGUAAGACAUGGCUGUAUGGGCAUAGUUCCCUUUGCCCUACGGGGAAAACUAAAACAAAAAAAGAAACAUUGUUUUGUUUUAAGACUUUGUGCUGCAGGUAAUAGCGUUUGUCUUCUCGAAAUAGAGAACCUCAAAUUUAGACUGAAUUUAACAUGUAUUGUUGAUAUAUUUUCGUUUAUGAAACGACUGAUGUACUGUGUAUUAUAUUGUAUUGUCGCUUGUCACGAUUCUUAUGUGAUCUAAUAAUGUGUAUUAAAGUUAUAAUUCAGAAGUUAA